AUCGCGGACCGCGCUCAGUUACGAGCGGACCUCUGACGGGAGCGGAACUUGAAAAAAGUCCCGCCAAACAGCCCAGAACAGAGAUGAUCUUCUCGCGGAUCAGGAACUUAGUGCGGGCACCCAGUGCCUUGCUGUGCUGUCUGUUGGUUGUGAGUAGUUUAUUAGUGAGCAAUGUAGACUGUGCAAAAAAGGCUGCCCCGGCCGUCCCGGACGCCACGAUCGAGGAAGUUUCGGCCAAACAGUUGGAACGGUUACUAGAGGAUAAGGAUUACGUCGCGGUGUAUUGGUACGCCCGAAGUUGUACGACAUGCGACACAGUAUUAGCCGAACUCGAGCACAUCGACGAUGACACUGACUCGUUCGGUGUCGAUUUCGUCAAAGUAAACGACAAACGACUAGCGAAACAGUAUGGCAUCAAUAAAUUCCCCGCCCUCACCUACUUCAGAGAAAAAGAACCCAUCAUCUACGAAGGUGACCUGAUGGACGAAGCUGGCGUGCUGGACUUCCUCACGUCACUCGAAGCAAUGGAUCUGCCAGACCGGAUCGAGGAAGUGAACUCCAAAAUCCUCGCCAAGAUCAUCGAGGAUUCCGACUACGUAGCCGUCCUCUUCUGCACAAAUCACGAAAACUGUCCACCCGGAAACAACAAUCAGCCCGAAUGCAAAAAGUGCAUCAAGGCGCUGCAGGAGCUGGAGAACAUUGACGAUGAAGCCGACGAGUUGGACAUCGGUUUCGUCAAGAUCCACGACGAGGAACUGGCCGAAGAGUACAAUCUGGGACCACUGCCAAAGCUAGUGUACUACCGACACCAGACUCCAAUUGUCUACGAGCAUGAACUUCAGCGGGAGGAAGAUGUGCUGGAGUGGCUCGUCGAGAACAAGGCCACCGGCGACGAAGAUGACGUAAUCGAGGAAGUCAACGCCAAGACGCUCAAGACCCUGAUUGCCAACAUUGACAAUCUGGUCGUGUUGUUCUACGACGAUGGAGACGAAGAAUCGGAAAAUGUGCUGCAAGAGCUGGAGAACAUCGAUGACGACUGCGCCAAGCACGGAAUCCAGUUUGUCAAGAUCGAUGAUCCGAAGGUGUCCAAGGAGUACGGAAUCGAUGAUAUCCCAGCCAUCGUCUAUUUCGAGAAGGAGAUUCCCAACGUCUACGACGAUGACCUCAGCGACGAGGAUGAAAUCCUGAAAUGGCUGCUUUCCCAGCUGGAGAAGGACGAAAUCGAAGACGUCACCGACGAAAUGCUGGACAAACUGAUCAAGGAGGGCAAAUCCGUUGCCGUUAUGUUCUAUGACAACAACGACAAGAAGUCGGAGAAGAUCCUGAACGAGCUGGAGAACAUCGACGACGAGUGCGAUCAACUGGGUAUCAACUUCGUCAAGAUGGACGAUACGGAGGAGGCCUUGGACUACGGCGUCACCAAGUUCCCCACGUUGGUCUACUUCGAGCAGGGCAUCCCGACCGUGUACGAAGGAGACAUGGAGAACGAGGAGGAAGUGCUCGAGUGGCUCGAGCGCCAGACCAGCUCGGACGAGAUCGAGGACGUCACCGACGAGAUGCUGGACAUGAUCAUCGAAAAGAUGCCGCACGUGGCCGUCCUGUUCUACGACAAGGACUCCAAGGCCUCGCAGAAGGUGCUGGCCGAGCUGGAGAACAUUGACGACGAGUGCGAUCAGAACGACAUCGCCUUCGUCAAGAUCGACGACGACAACGAGGCCAAGGAGUGGGGCAUCGAAGAACUGCCCACUAUGAUCCUCUUCGAGCGCGGCAUCCCACACAUGUACGAAGGAGAUCUGAUGCGGGAGGAGGAGCUGUUGGGCUGGUUGGUGCACCAGAAGAGACAUUCGGAGAUUCCGGAAAUCACCGACGAGAUGAAGGACAAGCUGAUGCGCACCUACGACCACGUUGCAAUCAUCUUCUACGACAAGGAUGACAAGCAAGACAUCCGGGUCCUGAACGAGCUGGAGAACAUCGACGACGAGCUGGAGAAGGAGGAUAUCAUCAUUGCCCGUCUGGACAAUGCCGAGGAAGCCCGCGAGUACGGUCUGGACCACCUGCCGGCGCUCGUAUACUUCGAGAACCAAAUCCCCGCCGUCUACGAGGGUGACCUGAUGAACGAAGAGGAGGUCCUCGAGUGGCUCAAGCUUCAGAAAUAUUCGGCCACCAUCGAGGAGGUCACCGACGAGAUUCUGCAGGACCUGAUCGAAGAGCACGAAUACGUGUGCGUGUACUUUAGCGGUGCCUGCGAGGAGGGUGAGAAGUGCGACAAGAUUUUGGACGACCUGGAGAACAUUGACGACGAGCUGGACGAAGCUGGUAUCAUCUUUGUUACGACCGAGGACAUGUCCACCGCGAAGAAGUACAACAUCAAGACCGUGCCGGCGUUGGUGUUCUUCCGCAACAAGGACCCGCUGAUGUACUCCGGGGAUUUGAACGACGAAGACGAGGUGCUGGCCUGGCUGACCGACGAGGAAACGCUGGAGAUUCCCGGACGGAUCGAGGAAGUUAACAUCAAGAUGCUGGAGAAGAUUCUUUCCGAAAACGAGCACAUCGUUGUCUUCUUCUAUAAUGACGAAGACAAGAAGUCACUGAAGAUCAUCAACGAACUGGAGAACAUUGACGACGAGUGCGAAGAGAAGGACAUCGAUUUCGUGAAGACUUCGGACGAUGACGUCGACAAGGAGUACGAUUUGGAGCAGCUGCCGGCUUUGGUGUUCUACCGCCACAAGUUCCGUACCAUCUACAGCGGGGAUCUAAUGAACGAGGAGGAGAUCCUGGAAUGGGUUCUGCAGCAGUACGAAUCGAAGCCGGAGGUGAUCGAGUCGGUUGACCGUAAGACCCUGCAGGUGCUCGUUAACGAGGUGGAACAUCUGGCUGUGCUGUUCUAUGACGACGAAUGCGAGACGUGCCCGAAGAUCCUGGAGAAGUUGGAGACCAUCGAUGAUGAUACGGACAAGCACAACAUUCAGUUCGUCAAGGCCAACGAUGAGAAGCUGGCGCACGAGAUCGGUAUCUUCUCGUUCCCGGCUCUGGUCUACUAUGAGACUGGCGUCCCAAUUAUGUAUGAUGGUGACCUCAUGAACGAGUACGACGUGAUAGACUGGAUCUCCGACCAAACCACCGACGAAAGUAUCGACGAAGUCGAGCGCGACGAGUUGUUCGAGUUGAUCGAAACCAAGGACUUCCUAGCUGUAGUCUUCUACUUGGAAGACGACGAAAACAGUCCGAAGGUACUGCGUCACAUCGAGCUGAUCGACGACGAAGCCGCCGAGUAUGGAAUCGUGCUGGUCAAGUGCUCCGAUAAGCUGAUGGCGAAGAAGUACGGCUUCCGUAAUCCACCCGGGGUGACGUACUUCCGCAAGGGUAAGGCCAUCAACUACGACGGUGACAUCGACGACGAGGAGGAACUGCUGGAUUGGUUGACCAAUCCGCACAACAUGGAGAUGACCGACCACAUCGAGAAGGUUAAUCGGAAGAUGUUCCACAAGAUUCGGCAGGCGUCCGACUAUUUGGCUGUGUUCUUUUACAGCGAAGACUGCAAGCAAUGCCCCCGGGUGCUCGCAGAAAUCGAACACAUCGACGACGAAGCCGACGGUGCCGGAAUCAACUUUGUCAAGAUCGACGACAAACAGAUGGCCAAGGAACUGGGUGUCUAUGCCCUGCCCGGAAUCGUGUUCUUCAAGCUCGGCUCCAAGGAUCCGGUGAUCUACGCGGGUGACCUGAACAACGAAGACGAAAUCCUCAACUGGUUGAUGACGCAGAAAAAUCCCGGUGGUGACGUCAUCGAGGACCUGGAAGGAUCGAAAUUGCUCGCCCUCAUCGAAGACUCCAGCGCGUUAGCUGUUUACUUCUGGAACAAGACGACUUGUGACAUCUGCAGUUCUAAGCUCGCGCGCAAAAUGCGGAAGGCCAAAGAGCGUACUAAAGAGCGCAGAGGAUUCCUGAAUGCCGAUACCUCUGCCGAAGCGCAGGACGAAGCCGAAGACGCAGAAUCAUCGACUGGAGCGCCGUCUGAUGACGCUGACAACUGUGAACAGUGUUCGAGUGUUCUUGAAUCCCUGGAAAACAUCGACGACGAUUGCGACCGGCAUGGAAUCAUGUUCGUCAAGACGGACGACUUCUCGAUUGCAGAACACUACGGAAUCACCGAUUAUCCAGUUUUGGUCUAUUUUGAAGAUAAUAUUCCCAAUGUAUUCGAAGGUUCCCUGGAUGAGGAGGAAGAAGUGCUCCAAUGGCUUAUCACGCAGAAAACCGAAGAUCGCAUCGAACUUAUCACCCGAGUGAUGCUGGAAGCCAUGGUUGAAGAUACUCAAUACCUUGCCGUCUACUUCUACAAGAUCAAUUGCAACAUUUGCGAUCAGAUUCUCGAAGGGUUGGAAGUGAUCGACGACGAACUGGACGUGUUCGGCAUCCACAUGGUCAAGAUUCAGGAUCCGCAGUUGGCUAAGCGCUACUCGAUCAAGACCUUCCCGGCUCUGGUCUACUUCAGAAACGGUAAUCCGCUGCUCUACGAAGGAGACCUGCAAAGUGAACAGUCGGUUCUGGAGUGGCUCAUCGACGACGACAACCGUGAGCUGGCUGACGAAAUUGAGGAAGUUAACGAACGUAUGCUGGACAGAUUGAUGGAACAGUCACCGCUGCUUUGUGUAUUCUACUAUGACGAAGAUUGCCAGGAAUGCGAAGAAAUCCUGGAAGAGUUGGAGAUGAUCGACGGUGAAGUUGAUCAGUACGGUAUUGACUUUGUGAAGGUCGCCAGCUUGAACGCUGCUCACAAGUACGGCAUCACCUCCAUCCCUUCGUUGGUUUACUACAGGAAACAAAACCCAAUGUUGUACGAUGGAGACAUGCAUGAUCACCAGCGCGUUAUGAACUGGUUGACAUCGCAGGAUGUUUUCGAAAUCAAGAACGAGAUUGAGGAGGUCAACAGAAAGAUGCUGAACAAACUUCUGGACGAAAACGAAUUUCUGGCCGUCUUUUUCUUCGAAGAAGACCAGGCCGAGAGUGAAGCCGUUCUCGAGAAGCUCGAGCUGAUUGACAGCGAAACUGACAACCUGGACAUCACCUUCGUCAAAAUGGGAGAUCCCCGGUACGCCCGCAAAUGGGGAGUUACCAAGCUGCCAGCCAUCGUGUACUUCCGUAAGCGGUUCCCGAGCAUCUUCCGUGGCGACAUGUACGACGAGCAAGACGUACUGGAGUGGCUGCGGAAGAACCGCUUCCGCCAACCGGAACUCAACAUUCUGAUGUACGGAUGCAUCGCGACUGCCAUGGGAUUCAUCGUCUACACGGCGUUCCUACUACAGUGCUUCAAACCAACCCCACCGCCGCCAGUUCAGCAUCCCAAACAGAACUAGGGGACCCAUUUGUAAAACUUUCAUUUGUUAUUUUACUGCUCCAGCCAGCUCUUUGACAGAUGGAACUGUCGCAAGACAUUUUUUUUUAUUUAUAGGUUAGUUUAGUCGCAAGAAGUAAACUUGGAAUAAUUUGUUAUGACGCAAAAUUUGUAUAAAAAGGGGAAUAAACUAUUUCUCGAAUAUCGUAAGCAGUUUGGAUGAAGCAAUUUUUCAUUAGAAGAAAAAAAAUCACAUGUUGCAAGCACUCGACCUUCAAUCAAGUAAACAAUCGUUCAAUAGCGAGCACCAGAAACUCACUUUUUGUUAGUAUUUGAAACGGAAUAAGUCUAGUAGAAAUUUUCGUAAUAUAGAUAGUUAUACAAAAAAUGUUAAAAAGAAAUUAAAUGAGAAAACAAAAAAAAACAGAAACUUGUAAAAAUUGAAACCAUGCAUUUUUAGUAGACAUAUUGUACUGAUGUAAAACAAAAGAUGCGAAACUUAAUCUUAAGUCAUCCUACAACACUUGGAACUCGCCGGAGAAGAAUCUACCACCAAUAUAAUCGAACUACGUACUAGCUAGGGCCGGAUCGUAACUUUUUUUUUCUUUCUUUCAAACGAGCAAAUCGAAACAAAUAAACUAAACAGACGAGCGAUUAAAAGGAAAUAGUCCAGAAAUUCAUCUCAUUUCUUUUUCUCUCUCAUACAUCGACUAUUUCGCACCAGUGACGAUAAAAUGCACCCUUCCGUUCGUUACCAACCGUGACUUCCUUCCGGGCACCGUGUAAAUAUGAAAUCUUGACAAGACCCACCACCAGCAGCAGCAGCAGCAGCUCAAGAUAGACGUCGUUAAGUUAUUAUUAUUUGUUCUGACAGUGAAUUGUUUAGAGGCAGAUACGUUUUCUCUCUGUUGUAAGGUUUUGGAAUGCCGCUAUUUAUUAUGACAUGAAUUGGACUCUUUGGCUUUCAGCAUCAUCAGCAUCGAAUGUACUGUCGGCGAUAUUUCGUAGUUUUUCUUUUAGUUUUCUAUAUUAUUUUUAAAAUUAAAAUUGUACCAUGUGAGACGCGUAAAUUUAAGCAAACAAAGUAAACAAAAUACAGCUGCCGUUGAUAAGCGUUUCAA